AGUCACGCGAGCUGGCAGAAGAAGAAGGAACAUCUCGUGUCCAUCGCUUUUCUGCGGAGCCCCCUCAGAACCCUGGCCAAUCGCCCUGUGUGGCUUGUGGCCACUGUGCUUAGUGGUGGAAGAAGAAGAAGAAUAAUAGCCUAACACUCGUUCGAGGUUACUUCGCUUCUUUGUAAGUUCGCGUCGCUGCUUUCUAAAUUCCCAGAAGACCUCGAACCACAGGAACGAAAUGCAAGCUCCGAAUAAUCCAGCCCCACCACCAAAACCGCCGAGAACUGCCCCCGUUGAAGAGGAAGAGACCGUCAUUUUGGACGUGAAUCCCAUUGUACGGUAUCCCUUGCUCAUCUUCAAUCUUGCCUUCUGGUUUGUGGGCUUCGGUCUGGUGGCUGCCGGAGUUUACACUCUCGUCGACACCAUAGAGACGGACGAAGACCACGACGUUCUGGGCACCUUGACGAAGCACAGUCUUUACGGCGUCCUUUUAGCUCGCAUCGAGGUCUUGGUCAUCAUUGUUGGUUCCUUGCUCUUCCUUUUGGCCUUCUGCGGCUGCGUCGGAGCACUUCGGGAAAAUACGUUCCUCCUGAGAACUUACUCUGCCUUUCUCACAUUGCUUGUGAUUCUCAAUCUUCUCAUUGGGCUGAUGCUGGUCUUUGUUCCCGGAGCUUUAAAGCGAAUUUUCAGUCAGGUGUUCUCGGAGAACAUGAUCAUCUACUACAGAGAAACGCAAGAUUUUCAGCAGCUUGUGGAUUCUGUUCAGAAAACGUUGGAAUGCUGUGGGAUGACGGAUAAGAGCUUUCGGGACUGGAACCUCAACAUGUACUUUAAGUGCAACAUACAGAACCCGAGUCACGAACGUUGCUCGGUUCCUUACUCGUGCUGCCGUCAGAACAAGACAACUACUGUUAGUAUAUUCUGCGGGAAAGGCGUGCUCAAUAUGUCCGACUACGAAGCCUGGUACCGCAUCAACAUCGGCAACUGUCCCGACGCUGCCAACCGAUACGUCAAGCAGCAUGUCCUGGUGGUCGCCGGAGGAUGCCUCGUUGCCGUUAUCGUCCUCAGCUUCGUCGACAUGAUCACACGCUCACUUAUCGAUGAAAUCAAAGUCAUUCGGCACAUCUACAUGAAAGUAGAGACUGCUGAAGCGGGAAUGAACGCUUAGUGCGAUAUUCGAGGCUGGAAUUCGCCCGUUCCUUCCAAUUGUUUACACUUUACAUCGAAGCAAACCUACAUUUGAAAAUACUGUAUCGCGAUGCAAAUACACACGUGUAUCCGAAGAUUUUGACCAAUA